AUGGUCCUUGACAGACUGAAGCAAUUGACGCUCCAGGUCAGCGCCUCUUCUCCCCCUCCCCACCCGCUCGACCCUCUAUCUACCGCCGAGAUCGAUGCUGCGGUUGAGAUCAUCCGGAAAGAACAUGGCAACGUCAACUUCAAUGCCGUCACCCUCUAUGAACCCCGCAAGGAGAAGAUGAUGGCCUGGCUGGCGAAUCCCGAAUCUCCUCGUCCAACUCGUGCUGCCGACGUCGUUGUCAUUGCACCAGGCGGCAAGAUCUAUGAUGGCAUUGUCGACCUGGAUGCGAAGAAAAUCGUUGAGUGGAAACACACUCCCGGCGUUCAGCCGCUGAUCACAAUGGAGGACUUGCAAGAGGUGGAACACAUUGUUCGCAAGGACCCGAAAGUCAUCGAGCAAUGUGGAAUUCUUGGUAUCCCCCCAGAGGAUAUGCACAAGGUUUACUGCGAUCCGUGGACUAUCGGUUACGACGAGAGAUUCGGCACCGACAUUCGUCUGCAGCAGGCUCUGAUGUAUUACCGGCCCCACGUUGAUGAUUCGCAAUACACAUUCCCAUUGGACUUCUGCCCUAUCUACAAUGCAGAGACGAAGCAGAUCAUCCACAUUGAUAUCCCACCCGUGCGACGACCGCUCAACAAAGCGGCGCCAAACAACUACCACCAAGCCUCGGUUGAGAAAGAAGGCGGGUACAGAACAGACCUGAAGCCUAUUCAUAUUACCCAGCCGGAGGGCGUCUCUUUCAGCAUCGAGGGACGGACGAUCAAAUGGCAAAACUGGAGCGUCCAUGUGGGCUUCAACUAUCGCGAGGGUAUUGUCCUGAACAACAUCACCUACAACGACAAGGGGAACAUUCGGGACGUCUUUUACCGACUUUCGCUUGCUGAAAUGGUGGUCCCAUACGGUAACCCCGAGCACCCUCACCAGCGCAAGCAUGCUUUUGACCUAGGAGAGUACGGCGGUGGCUACAUGACAAACUCCCUUUCCCUUGGCUGCGACUGCAAAGGCGCAAUCCACUACAUGGACGCGGCGUUCGUCAACCGCGCCGGUGCCAGCACAAUCGUCAAGAACGCCAUCUGCAUCCACGAAGAAGACGCCGGUAUCCUCUUCAAGCACACCGACUUCCGCGAUGAGUCCACAAUCGUCACCCGUGGCCGCAAGCUCAUCAUCUCCCAAAUCUUCACUGCCGCCAACUACGAAUACUGCGUUUACUGGAUCUUCCACCAAGACGGCACUAUCCAGCUCGAUAUCAAGCUGACCGGUAUCCUCAACACCUAUGCCAUGAACCCCGGUGAGGAUACCCACGGCUGGGGUACCGAGGUUUACCCAGGCGUCAACGCUCACAACCACCAGCACCUGUUCUGUCUACGCGUUGAUGCCAACGUCGACGGACCGAACAACACCGUCUUCCAGGUCGAUGCAGUCCGCGGAGACGGAGAGGUUGGCAGCGCAGAGAACAAGUAUGGAAACGCCUUCUACGCGAAGAAGACCAAGUUCACCACGCCCCGUGAAGCCGUGUCUGACUACAACGGCGCCACCAGCCGUACCUGGGAAAUUCAAAACACAAACAAGCUCAACCCGUACAGCAAGAAGCCCGUCUCGUACAAACUCGUCAGCCGCGAAGUCCCGCCUCUCCUCCCCAAGGAGGGCAGUCUUGUUUGGAAGCGCGCUGGAUUUGCCAGACACGCGGUACACGUCACAAAAUACUCCGACGACCAACUCCACCCGGCCGGCCGCCACGUUCCUCAAACCUCGGGCGAGCCCUCCCAGGGUCUCCCUAUGUGGAUCGAAGAAGCAGGACCCGACUGCUCCAUCGACAACACCGACGUCGUCCUCUGGCACACUUUCGGUUUGACACACUUUCCAACUCCUGAGGAUUACCCCAUCAUGCCGGCAGAGCCCAUGACCGUACUUUUGCGACCCCGGAACUUCUUCACGCGCAACCCGGUUCUUGACGUACCGCCUAGCUUUGCGCGCACGCCAUCGCAGGUUGCUGCAAAUGCUGGCGCCUGUGGAUGCAGUAAGAAGGCAUCGCCAGAUGGAUCAAGUGUCUAG